CGUGACAAACACGUGGAAGGAGCGUAAACAGAAGAUAGAGGUCUGCUUUCGACCAGUUUGAGUAUUGCGGACAUGUACAGAGGACUAAUCCUGCGCUGUCGCGGUCGGGCCACUUUAAACGGAUUAAAAAGAGGGGCGCGUUUGGCGCGUCGAUACGCGAGAAGCAUUAGCUCAGAGGACGAUAUAAAGAUCUUCAUCAAAGACAACACAGAAAUAGUGAGCUCCCGAAGUUUAACCCCGGAGAUUUCCUUAAGACUCUUCACCCCCACCUGUCGGUUCUGGACGGAGAGACCUGAAUUAUGGCCUUUCCCUGACCCGUACUGGGCGAUAUAUUGGCCCGGUGGACAGGCGCUGGCUAGGUAUCUUUUAGAUAACCCCGAGGUAUCUGGAGGCAGAAAGGUGCUGGAUCUCGGCUGUGGGUGUGGAGCAUCAGCCAUUGCUGCUAAACUCACUGGAGCCUCCCUGGUUCUUGCCAAUGACAUCGAUCCGAUUGCUGCCGUCGCCACAAAAAUGAACUGUGAACUGAACAAACUGGACCCUGUGCCUUGCGUGACGGACGACGUGGUCGGCUCAAAGCCUGAUGACUGGGACCUCAUUCUUCUCGGAGACAUGUUCUAUGAUGAGGAUUUGGCCGAUCGCCUGCACAAGUGGCUCCAGACCUGCAUCACCGCUCAUGGAACACAGGUGCUUAUCGGUGACCCGGGACGGGCUCAGUUUGAAAGCCACGGCAUCAGAAAAUUAUUACAUAAACGGGCUCACUUUGAGCUGCCCGACUCGGUCAUGGAGGAGAACUAUGGGCUUACAAAUAGCACGGUGUGGUGCUACAGUUACAAACCUGAUCUAUAACA